AUGUUGGACACUGUAUACAUUUCGUCCUACGCAGGACAUUCGGCAGAGAGCGUCGACGCCGCACCGCCGCACCGCUGUUGGAAGCUCACGGUGCGCCGCCACGGGCAGCAGCCAGGUCCUCACGUCCACGACGUCGUCGUCGUCGUCGAUCCCUUUGUCGACGCCGACUACCACGCCGUCUUCGAACGGUACCUGCGCACCAAGGGCGACGACGCGGCCCAGCGGCUGGGCAGCGAGGACGACAUUGCCCGCGUGGAGCGCCAAAUCGACGGCUAUGCGCACGCCCUGCUGAGCCAGCUGCGUCUCCAAGAUGAGCUCGUGCGGCCCCAGGCCACGGAGCUGCAGCUCUACAUUGUCGAGCACCACCACGAGACGGACCACCAUGAUACCACCCCCGGCAUCCACCGCCUCGCGUGGGAGCUGCUCGAGUCCCUCCGGCUGCCCGCGCGGCCGGACCUGCGGCUGCGCGUCAACAGGGUGACGGAGUUUGCGCCCAUCGUGCCGCCAGGGCUUCUGCAGACGCUGGCGCAGGCCGACCCGUCGCCGGGCACCUAUAGGAUCCUGCUGGUCGUAGCCCGCGACUUCUCCCGGACCGGCGCCGCCCGCGACUCGGACCCGGAUCUCGCGCAGUGGCCCCUCAUGACUAUCCAGCGGAAGCUGCGUGGCAGGAUGCUUCUCGAGGUGGUGCGGCCGGGCUGUCUCGAGGGGCUCCGCGAGCACCUGCGCACGCGGAGCCGCCAGGGCGUGCAGUUUAACCUAGUGCAUUUCGACCUGCACGGGCAGGUUUUGCCAGACCAAUACGGCGUUGCCGUGCCGUGGUUGCUAUUUACGAGCCGCACCUCCACCACGCAGAGCAACAACGGCUACCACCUGCCGCAGACGCGGCUCGCCGCCGCCGGCGAGGUCGCCGACCUGCUCGUCGAGCACGGCGUCGAGGCCGUGGUCCUCAACGCCUGCCUCUCCGCCUACAACGUCUCCUCGCGCGCCACCAGCCUGGCGCACCUCUUGCUGCGGCGCGGCAUCCGCCACGUCUCGGCCAUGUGGUACUACGUCCACCACGGCACGGUCCGGACGUACCUCGCCGCCUUUUACCACGAGCUCCUGCGCGAGGGCGUCGACUUUGACGUCGCCGCCCAGCGCGGCCGCGCGGCCGUCCGCGCCUCUCCUACACUCCGCGCCGGCCGCCCCUACCGCGACGACUUUGUCUGCGUCAACUAUGCACGCCAGUCGCCGGUGGCGGGCAAGAGCUUCCUCGAGUGCAAGUUGCUGACGUUUCGCCUCGUGUACGCCAGCGACCUCGGCCGCCGCGACCGCAGCGACCUCGCCGACACCAUGGAUCGCAUGGCGAGUGCGUGGCUGGCAACGAACAUGAUUGAGCACGUCUACUACUGCGAGGCCAAGGAUUUCGCCCGCCGGCCCCUCGGCGCGGACGGCCCGCCGCCGCACCGCCGCCGCACGUCGCGCGCCUCGACCGGCGGCGGCGGCGGCUCCCGCGUCCCGGCGCUGCGAUCCGCGCUGUACAUUAUUCGCGGCGUCGAUGACGUCGUGGACCCCGGGUGGCGUGCCGGCGCUGCGGCCAAUGAGAAGCUGAAAGAGCGGCGCGUCCGGGCCUGCGAGGGCCUGGAGGGCUUUGCGCGCCGCUUGCACCUCGGCGGCGACGGUUACUGCAUCUUCCUCGGCAGCAACGACGCGCGGUGGUUUGCACAGUUCCUCGGCCAGCUGCAGGGCGCGUGGUGGCUGCAUGUGGAUUGGGGUUUGGCGGCGCCAUACCAUCGUGGCCCGAUCACAGGUGUCUGA